CAUUUACAAAACCCUCUCGUCUAUCUAUCAUUAACAACGACCUAGCUGCACAGAGAGAGGGAGGGAGAGAGAGGAUCUCAGGAAGACGGCUCCGUCGUUGCGAAAAUGGUGACCUACAGAUUCCAUCAGUACCAGGUUGUCGGAAGAGGUCUCCCGUCGGAGACUGAUGAGCACCCCAAGAUCUACCGCAUGAAGCUCUGGGCGACCAAUGAGGUCCGUGCCAAGUCCAAGUUCUGGUAUUUUUUGAGGAAGCUGAAGAAAGUUAAGAAAAGCAAUGGUCAGGUCCUCGCUAUCAAUGAGAUAUUUGAGAAGUGUCCUACCAAGGUUAAGAAUUACGGGAUAUGGUUGAGGUACCAGAGCAGAACCGGGUAUCACAAUAUGUACAAGGAGUUCCGUGACACAACCUUGAAUGGUGCUGUUGAACAAAUGUACACUGAGAUGGCUUCUCGUCACAGGGUGCGCCACCACUGCAUCCAAAUCAUCAAGACAGCCACCAUUCCCGCAAAACUCUGCAAGAGGGAGAGCACCAAGCAAUUCCACAACUCCAAGAUCAAGUUCCCGUUGGUGUUGAAGAAGGUGAGGCCACCAUCCAGGAAGCUCAAGACCACAUACAAGGCGUCUAGGCCCAACAUCUUUGUGUAACUUGUUUGGUCUAAUACUGUCUCGUUAUCAGUUUCCUUGUUCUGCAAUUUUAGACCUGUUUAAGUGAAAGAUAUUAUCUGGGAAGAUAAGGGAGAUUUUAACUUCUAUCAUUAUUUUGAUUAAGUUUUCUAGUUACUGUUAAGGUGCCUAGAUAAAGCUACUUUCUACAUGUGCUUGGAUAUUCACAACUAUGAAUUGCUUCUGCUUCAUAUUUUGAGAAUUAUUUUUUCUUGAGUUAAAAAA